AGAUAUUAGUUCUUUUCUCAUAACCAUACAAGUUAACUUAUGUACAAUUUCUCUCUCUUUCAUAUACAUAUAUCUAUCUAUAUGAUAUAUCUCUAGCUGUUGCUUUCUACCACCGAAUUUGAAGCUUUGUUUUAGUCAUCAAUAUCAACAAACAUGAAUCUAAGCUUCCAUAGUUUCUUCUUCCUUUUGCUCUUUACAAUCUUUUUCUUUUCCACCUUAUCUUUUGGAGCCACUCUUUCCAAAGAUGAAGUGGAGGUUCUUAAAGAUAUAGCUAAGACACUUGGAAAGAAAGAUUGGGAUUUCAGUGUAGAUCCAUGUAGUGGAGAACGUAAUUGGACAUCUUCUGUUCAAGUGAAAGGGAGUGAAAAUGCUGUCACAUGCAAUUGUACCUUUGUCAAUGCCACUGUUUGUCAUGUGACUAACAUACUUUUGAAACAACAAAAUCUCCCGGGCACUCUCCCAAAGGAAUUGGUCAGGUUGCCUUAUCUUCAAGAAAUUGACCUUUCCCGCAAUUACUUGAAUGGUACAAUUCCUGAUGAAUGGGGCUCCAUGAAUCUCGUUAACAUCUCUCUCAUUGGAAAUCGAUUAACUGGUAAAAUACCAAUAGCUAUAACAAACAUAUCCACUCUACAAAGUUUGGUGUUGGAGUCCAAUCAAUUCUCUGGAAAUCUUCCUCCUGAGUUUGGGAAUCUAACCCAAAUUCAAAGAGUGCUAAUUUCUUCCAACAAUUUCACUGGAGAACUACCUGCUACAUUGGCCAAACUCACCACAUUGCAGGAUAUUCGAAUUCAAGACAAUCAAUUCUCUGGGAAGAUACCUGAUUUUAUUCAAAGCUGGACAAGUCUCACUAAAUUAAUCAUUGAAGGGAGUGGAUUAAGUGGGCCAAUUCCUUCUGGAAUUUCAAAAUUGGAAAAAUUAACUGACUUGAGAAUCAGUGAUUUAAGUGGAUCUGAAUUUUCACCUUUUCCACAACUUAAGGAUUUGAAAUUGAAAACUUUGAUUCUAAGGAAUUGCAACAUCAAUGGAACACUGCCUGAAUACCUUGGGACAAUGACUACUCUAAAAAACUUAGAUCUCAGUUUCAACAAAUUGAGUGGACCAAUUCCAAGUAACUAUGAUCCCCUAAGAAAAGUGGAUUACAUAUAUUUAACUGGAAACCUUCUCACUGGACCUGUUCCUGCAUGGACACAAAAAGCAGACAACCUAGAUAUUUCUUACAAUAACUUCACUAUAAGCCAAGGGAGUCAGCCAUGUCAAGAUGGAAAUGUGAACUAUUUUUCUAGCUCUUUGACCCGCAACGAAUCAGGAGUGGUUUCAUGUUUGAAAAGCUUUGUCUGUCCUAAAACCUCAUAUGCUCUUCGUAUAAAUUGUGGUGGAAAGUCGGUGACAGUAAAUGGAAGCACAUACGAUGAUGAUUCAGAUACAGCAGCGCCAGCUAGAUUCCACCAGAGUGGAACAAAUUGGGGAUUUAGCACCACUGGCAACUUCAUGGAUAACGACGGUGGAGACUACUAUACCUGGUCGAAUAGAUCUAAGCUUUCUAUAGCCAAUGCUGAACUAUACACGAAUGCACGAGUUUCUCCCACAUCUUUGACUUAUUACGGAUUUUGCAUGGCAAAUGGAAACUACACAGUAAAUCUACAGUUUGCAGAAAUCAUGUUUACUAAUGAUCAAACAUUUAACAGCUUAGGAAGGCGUGUAUUCGAUAUCUAUAUCCAGGGAAAGCUAGUAAAAAAGGACUUUGAUAUAGCAAAAGAAGCAGGAGGAGUUGAUAAGGAAGUCACAAAACCAUUCACUGCUGUUGUGACCGAUAGUACUUUGGAGAUUCGCUUAUAUUGGGCUGGAAAAGGGACAACUGGUAUACCAUUUAGAUCAGUAUAUGGCCCUCUUAUUUCAGCUAUAUCUGUUCAAUCAGAUUUUCCAGCUCCUUCUGAAAAUGGAAGCAGCAUAUCUAUAGGAGCUGUUGUUGGAAUUGUGGCUGCAGUAGUAAUUGUUAUCAUCCUAUUAUUUGGUAUUCUUUGGUGGAAAGGCUGUUUUGGAAAGAAAAGCUCUUUAGAAAAUGAGGUAAAGGGUUUAAACCUACAAAUGAGUUUAUUUAACGUGAGACAAAUCAAAGGAGCAACAAAUAACUUCGAUAUUUCUAAUAAGAUUGGUGAAGGAGGAUUUGGUCCAGUAUACAAGGGACGUCUAUCAGAUGGAACAUUGAUAGCAGUUAAGCUACUUUCCUCUAAAUCAAAGCAAGGGAAUCGCGAAUUUUUAAAUGAAAUCGGCAUGAUCUCGGCUUUGCAACACCCUCAUCUUGUUAAACUCUAUGGAUGCUGUGUGGAGGGAGAUCAGUUAAUGUUGAUAUAUGAAUAUUUGGAAAAUAACAGUCUUGCUCGUGCUUUAUUUGGGCCUGCAGAACACCAAAUAAGAUUGGAUUGGCCAACAAGAUACAAGAUUUGUGUUGGUAUUGCUAGAGGUUUAGCAUAUCUACAUGAAGAAUCAAGAUUGAAGGUUGUUCACAGAGACAUUAAAGCCACUAAUGUGUUACUUGAUAAAGAUCUCAAUCCGAAGAUAUCUGAUUUUGGUUUGGCCAAGCUCGAUGAAGAGGAGAACACUCACAUUAGCACUCGAAUAGCCGGGACAUAUGGAUAUAUGGCUCCAGAAUAUGCCAUGCAUGGUUAUUUGACCGACAAAGCAGAUGUUUAUAGUUUUGGAAUUGUUGCAUUGGAAAUCUUACAUGGAAGUAACAAUACAAUUCUUAGACAAAAAGAAGAAGCAUUCCAUCUUCUUGAUUGGGCACAUAUCUUGAAAGAGAAAGGAAAUGAAAUAGAGCUAGUAGAUAAAAGAUUGGGUUCAAAUUUCAACAAAGAAGAAGCAAUGCUAAUGAUAAAUGUGGCACUCUUAUGCACUAAUGUGACUUCAUCACUUAGGCCAGCAAUGUCUUCAGUGGUAAGCAUGUUAGAAGGUAAAAUUGCUAUUCAAGAACUGGUUUUAGAAUCAAGUGAGGUAUUGGAUGAGAAGAAAAUGGAAGCAAUGAGAAAACAUUACCAAGACCAAAGUAUUUCAAUGGAAGGGCCAUGGACUGCUUCAUCUUCUUCAGUAACUACUGAUCUUUAUCCUGUAAACCUAGAUUCUUCUUACUUGAAGAAUAGAGAUUAAAGACUUUGGAGAGACAUUGUCUUUGUUUUUAUCAGUUAUCUAAUUAUGCCAUGAUUUGGUUUGUGAAAUUAUUUUUUCUUUAUUCCUUAUAAACUUGAUUGUAAUGCCACUGAUUAUUUUUUUUUGGACUUAGAGUGUAAUAAAAUAUCUUUUGAAAAUUGAGA